UUGAUUCCUUUUGAAAGAUCCGACUCAAAAGAAUGUUUCGCGCACGCUUCGCUACAGUUCUUUUUUCGUACGUGUCUGUCAAAAAUAUGAACCUGGAGAGAAUACCGAGUUAGUUGUGUAUAAGAAUGAAGUUAAAAUGUUAGGAAAUACGUGAGCAGUUAACAUUUUGUCGUUUAUCAAAGGAGACGAUGUCCAAGAUCCAACUAACGUUACCGGAAGAAGUGUGGAUCCAUGUGUUUGGCUUUCUCUCUGAUCGCGACAAAUUAAAUGUUCGUUUAAGCUGCACGUACUUCAAGAGACUGAUCGACCACUGGUCCUUAUGGACAGACAGUGUUAUCGUCCUCCAAAAGCUCUACGACUCACAUUUCUGGAAAACUCUUUGUCAGAGGAAAAUCAAGUCUGUUGUUGUUCAAAAGGCAACGGCGAAAGUCUUGCAGCAGACUGUGACGUGUCUGCCGUGGAUCGGUUCAGUGACUCUGGUUCAGUGCAGCGAUGGCACAGCUCUGGUGACUCUGAGGGCUUUAAAACACCUCCAGAGGCUUGUCAUCCGUCAGUGUUGCUGUCGGAGUCUGACCAGCUCACUUUUAUCUUUGAGACAACUGACUCAUCUCUGCUUGUGUGAGGUCAAGAGUGCCUCGAUAUCGGAGAUAAGUGCUGCGAUCUCCCAACUUGUCAAUCUUACCACACUGAAGUACCACGAAGAUAAAAAUCCUAUCCAUAAAAGUGCCCUUCAUGGCAUGUUGGGGCGUCUGCCCAACUUAAAACACCUUUCCUUAAGAUUUGGGCCCAAGUAUGGGAUUCUCCCUGAUGAUUAUUUUUGUCCAGCUAAAGCAAAUGGACUUCCAGGAGUGACUCAGGAUGCAGGCUUUGGCCUGAGCAGCCUGGAGCUGCUGAACUAUGAAGACCCCUGCCUCUCCUCCGCUGCCUUUAACGCUCUGUCCUCCCUCACCAAACUGACAGUGCAUUACAGAAAAUUGCAUGAAAAUCAAGACUUCUGCUGCCUCACAAAAUGGCUUCAAGGCCUUAGUGUACUUUCAGAGCUCAACAUUUCUUUAGGAUACUCUCUCAGAGUCUACGCUGAAUGGAUUCCCAGGACGGUGCAGCGGAUGUCUCUCAUGGGAGUGAAGGCAGAGCUGGAGUCUGUUAGGAUCAUGGGAGAGCAGGUGCCAGAUCUCCUUCAGCUCCAUUUGGACUUGUGUUGUCAUGACAUCUGUGAUGUAAUCACAGAAAUGCCCCAGAUUUUCCCAAAGCUGCAAAUCCUGAAAGUGAGACACCAUAAUGUUCCAGAAGCAGUGUUUCUUCAACUUCAGCAUCUGCCUCGACUCAAGCAGUUGGUGAUUUUGGAUGCACCCAAAAGCCCCAGUCCUACAGUCCUCAAACUGACUCAAAACCUUCACGUCCAGACAAACAACAGAAUCCAUGUGCUUCAUUUCAAUUCAAAGGACCAAACCACUUGUUCGUGUGGUUUUUAUUGAUAAUCUUCAUCAUUUAACUCAUGUUUAUAUUUGACUACAGUUGGAAACAGAUUAUCAUGCCAUACACACAGGGGUCUUUUUGACAUGGAUCAAUAUUUCAUGCCAUCAGAAUUUG